AUGCUUUAUAAAAAGAUACCAAUAUUGCUGUUUCUGUUUCUAUUCACCAACUUCUGUUUAUUAAGAUCUGUCACAGCCGACAGCCUUUCAUCUUUGUUGACGUCCAACAAAGGUGGUCAUGGUGGAGGCGACGGCGACAAUCAUGAUGGCAAGAGAACUAUGUGGAACGUGCUUACAAGAGAUGGUCGCUUCUCUAUACUUCUCAGACAUAUUGAGGACAAUAAUCUCACCGAUAUCUUUAAGCAAGAAACACAUCCCAAGACGCUCUUUGCACCCACCGACAAAGCGUUUGGUGCCCUAGGUGGAGCUGCAAAAAUGACUGCUGACCAGAUCCUAUAUCACCUUAUACCUAUGACUGCUGUGAAGUCGAAUGAGUUAUGGAACGGUCGUUUACUGAACACUACAGCUCAACUGUAUAACGUUCAACAAAAAGUAAAAGUAAGAAAGUCCAAUACCGAUAUUUACGUGGGCGUUGGCCUCGAUGGUUUGGAAGCUCGAAUUACAGAAGCGGACUUGGAAUUGUCGGAUGGCGUUAUUCAUGCAAUCGAUCAUGUGUUAUCUUUACCUGCAUUUUUAGAUGAAACUUUAUCUUUGGAUGAAGACACCAGAGGCUUUUAUGAUCUUAGUGUCAAGGCUCAUAUGAAGCGUGAUCUGAAACAAGCUGCUGGUAAUACACUUUUCGUUACGCAGCAUGAUCAAUUCGGUGAUGCCUUGACCGACAUUGAAAAGAAUUACCUCCAAGACCGUUCGGGAGCCAAAGACUUGACUCGUUUCUUGGGCUAUCAUAUUGCCAAGGGCAUCCAUUUCAGUGAUGAACUUAUUGAGGGUGAAACGACGAUUCCUACUCUGGCUGGCUCUCAGUUAACCGUUGUCGUGAAAAAGGAGAAGGAUAUACCCAAGAUCACUGUGAACGGCAUCCCAGUGAUUCGCAGUGAUGUGAUUUCGGCGAACGGUGCUGUUCAUAUUCUCGAGAGCCCGCUUGUACCGGGGGAUAAGAACAAGUUCUUUGACUUUAACGCGAGAAAGAUGCUUGUGGGAAUGAAUGCAAGUCGCUUUGUUGAAUUGUUUGAUGAAAACGGUUUAGGUGCCUACCUGGAUGCUGAUAAUUUGAACAAUGCGCCUAUUACUAUCUUGGCUCCCCCUAAUGAAGCACUUCAGGAUGAUGAUGAUGAUGACGAUGGCGAUGGCGAGGACGAUGCGGAUAGGGAGGGCGAUGGGUUAAGAAAAGCUAUUCAAUCAUGGCUCAAAUACCAUCUCGUUCAUGGUCGCUGGGAACCCAAUGAGCUGGUGGACCAUCAAUUGCUUCAAACGGAGUCCAAUGAUCACCUCAAUAAAGGAGAUUAUCAACGUUUGACGGUUCACAUCAACAACCAAAAUGGCAAUAAGGAUAUGUUCCAAAAGAGAACGAUUCUCUUUGGCCAAUCCGGGGCAAUGAAUGACCCUGUGGCUGUCGGUGACAAUAUGCUUAUCUACACUAUCUCACGUCCACUUGCUUUGCCGCGUGAGCCUCUCAGCCGCCUUCCUGUCAAUUUAGAACUCUCUACUUUUGUGGCGAGCAUUUAUGCGUCGGGUGCACAAGACACGUUGGAAAAGGCACAUAGUAUCACUUUAUUCGCACCUACCAAUGCCGCUUUCAGUCGUUUAGGUCUUGUGGCGAAAUACCUUCUCCAGCCCGAAGGAAAAGACAAAUUGAAAGAGGUGGUGACGUAUCAUGCUGUGCGCGGUUUGUUCUAUACCAACUCUACUACGGCGGGAGAGCACCGUGAGCCUACGCUCUCUUCUGGCGGUACAGAAAUAGUAUUGAACAAGACGCAAGAGGGCCAGCUUUUCCUUCGUGGUAGUGGUGCUGUGGAUGGCCAGGACCGUUCCAUUAUUGGGCAAGUCAGAGAGGAAGCGAAGGAUACGUUGACAGCCAACGGUGUGAUUCAUACCAUUGAUCGCGUUCAAAUUCCUUAUACCGUCGAGAUUACGCACCGUGAUCUCUUGUCGAUGGAAAACGCCAAUGGCUUAUUAGACGUUUUGCAUCGUACAGGAUUGGACAAAGAAGUGUUGGGCGGCGAGGGAAAGAACAAGACGUAUACGUUUUUGGCGCCCACGGAUCGUGCUUUUGGAAAGUUAAAUUACACGGAAUGGAUGCAAGAGCCUGAAAAAUUGCUGAAACUUGCCAAGUUGCACAUCUUGCCCGUCUCACUACCUUCCUUUGACGUGGACCAUUUAUACAAUACGAUGACUUUUCAGAAAACGGAGAACACACCCGAGGAUCCCCCUGUGACGGGCCGAGACUUUCCUACUCUUUUGGAUGACACGCAAGUCGUCAUUACGAAAAAUGUCGCUGGUGGCUACACCGUACGUGUGAAGAGUAGUACACAAGAAGGCGCUGACAUUGUGAAUAUUGGACGCGUGUCAUCCGUCAAUGCUGAGGGCUACGGUGGUGUGAUUGAAAUUGAUCGUGUCUUGAUACCCAAAGAAGAAGUCAGUUUGCGAGGCAUGGCUUGGUGGGCUAUUGCCUUGAUCGUCUUGGGUGUCAUUCUAGGUCUGGCUCUCUUGGCGUUGGUUGCCUAUUAUGGUUGGCAAUGGUAUCAAUCUCGCAGAGGACGUAUCGCUUUACCUGGGUCGGAGUAA